AUCACCGUUAUAAUCAUUGGCCAGUACGGAGAAUUAAGUAAAACCACAAGUCCAAAUCCCUAUCUCCAUCCAUGACUAAUUUGGCAAAGGGACAAUUUCAGUUAGCUAGCCACCAGAGGACAACAACACAACGAGAUUCAACAAUUGAAAUAGUUUCUGUCAACAACGUAUUUAUUUUUAUUUGAUGUGAUAAGAGUGAAGCCAAAUCCAAACUUGUUUCCCUUGACACUCUGUUUUGGUGCACCAGGAACAUUCACAGUUGAACUCACUCAGUGUAGCUCAAUGUUGAUGGGCUAUUAUUUUAUAUAUUUUUUUUUUAUCAAGGGAGGCCAAGUGCUCAACGGUUUCCCUUGCAUCUAAUGCUAUACGUGGCAACAAUGUCAUACUCUUUAUGACCUGACAGCAUCAGAUAGAUGGCUGACAUACAGAGGGGCUCUGUUUCGCUCUUUCGGAUGCUUUCUCCGGUGAGAUACAUUCAGCCUCUUGCUAAUUGAAGGAAAAUUAUAAAAACAAAAAGAGAUAUAUUUUUUUCUUGGUACAUAUAUUUUGGGGGAAGCCUGGCUUCCCAUGGCAUCCAUGAAUACAUGCUACUGGUCAUCUCUCUUCAUUGCUCAAUCUGUCAAUCUGUCGAUUUCAAGUAAUCAACUGGCUAAAACUCAUUUUUAUAGCUAGAACUCUCCAGAUCCCAUUUCCUUGAGAGCUAUUCAUCGAAAUAGAAUGGGUCAAAUCUAAUCAAUGAUAAAUAAUCAUCAGUACAUAUGGCUCUGAUGUCACCCAACAUGACAGCACAACCGGAACCAAAUUCUGAGAGAUGAUAUGGACUCUUUUGAUAUAGAGAGAUCAAAAAAAAAGUCUCUGCCCAGACACAGCAAGUGGGGGAACAAGUCCUGCUGCGGAGUCAAGGCUUAUGACCCCAGCUGUGACCAGAUGAAGUGCUGUGCAGGGACUCUGUACGACCUGCAGUUUCAGGACAGACUCUCAGAGGAGGCCCAAUGCUGUGGGAGUGUCCUGAUGGAGGCCGGUUCCACCCAGACCUGCUGCUCUGCCCCAGGGCUAGACCUGCUCUAUCCUACCCAGCAAGGGUUCACCUGCUGUGGGCACCGCUACCCCAACUCAUCCCUGUGGUCCUGCUGCGCGGGGGUCCUGCACCCAAGGCCUGAACCACACACCACCAGCAAGAACAUGAUUCCAGGACCCAGGCUUCUACCACUGGGGGAUCUGAAGACUGAAGUCCUGUGUCACAGCAGAGUUCUGGUAGGGACAGUGGAGAGUGUGUCUGUGAAGAUGAAUGAGCGGUCCAUCGUGAUGGUGAACGCCAUGUACAUGCAGGCCUCGCGUGGCCAUGUCAGCGCCGUCCCUUCCCCUCACUACGUCACAUUACCCGACCACUGCAGCUUCCCUGAACUGGUGCUGGGCAACACUUACAUCUGGGUGAAAAAUAAUUUCUCAGGCACCAUAAGAUUUAUCUCUGAUCUCAGUGAUGAUUCCUUCCCUCUCCAUUCCAUUCUCUCCAGGUGCUCAAAAUGAUACUGUUAACCAUGUUUUGAGGCAAUACAGUGUUUUGUUCACAAUUACAUUGCUUACAAAAAAUGUAUUUAAAACAAAACCCGUCUAUUUUGGGUUCUGAUGGGGUAGGACAGAUGAACUAAGCUCAUGAGGCGUACGUUAUAUUCUUCAAGAGUCAAUUUGUAUAUAAUUCAUUUAAAACUCAAACAAAAAUGUAUGUGGAUGAUGACCCAUUUAAGAUAUCAGUAUAUCUUUAAGCAAUUUUUAUUUGCUUACAAAAAACAACAACCAUGUUUAUGAUAUCUCAUGAGUCAUAUCUCAGGAUAAGUCAUAUUUUAUUAUGUUUGUCUGGGUAGUGGUUUUCUGUUAUAUUAUCGCAAACGUUCCUUUAAUGUUAAUGCAAUAUUUUCUUAAUAAUGUCUAUUCCAUACUGAAGCUAUUUACUCACUGAAACUCUUUGUUCAAUGUGACACUAACAUCAUUGGCAUGAAUCUGUCUGUGAAGUGAUUGCACCACAUUGUGAAACGGCAGGAAAUAAGCCUAUUUUCUAACCAAGCAAUUGUGUGUAGGUGUGUGACUUCACCACAAGGACUAUUCUAAUAAAUGAAGAUACUUCAAACUCAGAUAUUGACUGAGAUGUAGCACAUAAAACAUUGUCCUGCCACGGACAAAUAAGAUCCUUGCUGAUCCUCUCUUUUAGUUGUGACUAUUGUACAAGGCUGGGUGGGAGGCCACAGCCAUGCUGGCACCUGCAUGACAACAUAACUACUGUAUGAAAGACAAAGUAGAGUUGGUUCAGUUCCAUUCCACAUAAAAAAAAACACCAAACAAAGCUGUCCAGUUACAGGGCAAACAACUGUAUAAACUGCAAACACAUAGUGUUAUAAUCUUAGUGUUCCUGAACAUUGUGCUAAAAAUAAUGGAAGGAUUGAAGAAAGCGAUAGGAUAUUUUAGUGGAGCCUCAGAAACCACAAUGAAAUGACUGUAUAUCAAAACAAUAGGUUGACACCGGCGCCAAACAAUUGUUUGAAACUGUGAGUGAGAAAUUGCAUCUUUCUUAUGCUUCCUUCCAGACUCUUGUCGUGGGAGAUGGUCCAAGUCCUUGGACACAUUCCCAGUUAACCACACCGUUCUAAAGUGAACCACACAACCUCUUCCUGUAUGAAGCUCUGACCGAAAGUGUCUCAAAGUAAGCCAAAACGUGGCACUAUUGUAAAACAGUUCUAACACAGCAGAUCUAUGCUCUCUAAUGGCCUACACAAAGAAAAUAUCAUGUUAUGUGCACCACAUAUCUUUUGUUUCACACAAAUUGUUUAAAACAGAACAUAGACAGAAACGCAUAAGCAUACAUGUCAAAUGUCAUUUCAUCCUAUUUUCGAGACUAAUGAAAAUACUGUAUCCUAUCACUACUGUGUGUAGGGGGAAAGCAUAGGGCCACUAUCCCUUGAAUAAAUUCAGGGACAAGAGGCUAAUUUGAGCUGGCGAGGGUUAUAAACGGACAAUAAAGUGAUUAUUAUUAACACAGAGAAGCUGUGUUAAUAAAGAAGUAAGUUCACAGACAGCAGGCUGGAGAGUCCGGGAGUAAACAUACACACCUCAGAUGCUGUCGAAGACUCAGUCUACUUACUCAACACUCUUAGAAAAAAGGGUUACAAAAGGGUUCUUCGCCUGUCCCCAUAGGAGAACCCUCAGUGGAAAGGGUUCUACAUGGAACCCAAAAACGGUUCUACCUGGAACCAAAAAGGGUUCUUCUAUGGGGACAGCCGAAUAACCCUUAUUGGUUCUAGAUAGCACCUUUGUUUUCUAAGCGUGUAUAGGAAAGCAGUCGACAUACACACCUCAGAUGCUGUCGAAGACUCUGUCUACUUACUCUACUUGCAAGGUGUGUGUCAAAGCAUCUAUUAGGAGUAUAAUAACAGUAUAAUAGGAGACUCCAUUUGGAUGAAUGAUCUCCAAAUGAUCUGAUAAAAGGAGGAACUUCAGCAUAGCUUGGGAAUGACUAUCCAGAAGAAUGAGAUUGGGUUGACUUGCUGACAGAAAGAAACUUAGCACAGCAUUUGCACUUCUUCUCGACAUCCCCUUCGGGAUGCACUUUUUCAACAAUUGCCUUUUCAGGGAUGAUUGGAAUAGUGUGGUUUCUGAGAUUAAAUGUCAAAAUCGUAUAAAAGUGAUCUGACAUGUUUCAGCAAUAAGGUUCGAGGAAGUGUGAUAUAUGGCCAAUAUACCACAGCUAAUGGCUGUUCUUACACACAACUCAAAGCAGAGUGCCUGGACACAGCCCUUAGCCGUGGUAUAUUGGCCAUAUAUCACAAACCACCAAGGUGCCUUAUUGCUAUUAUAAACUGGUUACCAAUGUAAAUUAGAGCAGUAAAAAUACAUGUUUUGUUAUACCUGUGGUACACGGUCUGAUAUACCACGCCUGUCAGGUUUUGGGAUGAUGACCCCAUCCACUGCAGAGGGCAAAGCCCUCCUGUAACGCUCCGGGUGUCGUGGGUGUGGAGUCAUACGCAGGAAACAGAGAGUUCACUACUGUGCUAUUUAAUGCACUCACAAAACAUUGGGUGCUCAAACACAAAUGCCUCAAACACGGGGGACCUGUGUUUGUAAAUCAUGUCUGAGUGCUCCCAUGGCUAUUUCUUAAAUAAAAAAACAAGAAAGUUGUGCUGUCUGGUUUUUAAUAUAGGGAAGGUCAAAUCAUUUAUACAUUUUCUACUGAUACGUUAUUACAACUCUAUUAAAGAACAUUCUACACAAGGUGUCACUUCAUUUUUUGAUAUUUGAUGGGAACAAUCCCCUACCCCUCUACACACCUCAAGUUAGCUCUUUCAUGCCAACAAAAGGCAACAUCAAAAAUGGCUUUCUAAGAAACUCACUUUUUGGAUUUGAAACUGUCACCAUAACCAC